AUGGCAUUCAAAGGGAUAAACGUAAAUUCGAUUGCACGCAUCUCUCUGCCUAACUGGCUGCGAAUCUGCCAUCAUGUGAGGCGUUGUACACACUCAGAUCCCUACAGUGAAAUAGUGCGAAAUAACUCGGAUGUCAUCAUGAAUUCCCGCUUGAACAAGGGACUCGCAUUCACUUUAAGGGAACGCCAAUUACUGGGCGUUCACGGUCUGAUGCCCUGCAAUUUUCGAUCCAUGGAAGAGGUCGUCGAAGUGGCCAAGAACAACUUUAUGUCGCGCAAAGAUCCACUCGGUCAGUACACGUAUCUGAUGUCACUGCGAUCGCUGCACGAACGCAUCUUCUAUCGUUUCAUCAGCGAGAAUGCAGAGCUGGCUUUGCCCAUUAUGUAUACGCCCACGGUUGGCAGCGUUGUCAAUCUGUUCUCCAUGGUCUAUCGCAUGGGCAUGGGCAUGUAUGUGACGCUCUACGAUCGAGGCCAUAUUAUCGAUGUGCUAAAGAACUGGCGCGUGCAGAGUGUGCGUGGCAUUUGCGUCACAGAUGGCGAACGCAUCCUUGGGCUUGGUGACAUGGCAGCCAAUGGCAUGGGCAUUGUCUUGGGCAAGCUAUUUCUUUACACCGCACUUGGUGGGGUACCACCGCAAAUUCUUUUACCCAUCACGCUGGACGUGGGCACCAACAAUCAGUUGCUGCUCGACGAUCCACAUUACGUGGGCGCUCGUGUUAAGAGAAUCAGAGGCGCCGAAUACGAUGAUUUCGUGGAGGAAUUUAUGCAGGCGGCUGUGACGUGCUUUGGCGAUGAUACCUUUAUACAUUUCGAGGACUUUGCCACACCGAAUGCAUACAAGUUCCUCCGGAAGUAUCAGUACAAGUACAGCUAUUUCAAUGAUGAUAUUCAGGGCACAGCUGCCACGGGUCUGGCUGGAUUUUUGGCUGCCGAGCGACUGCUGAAGUGUCAGCUGGAAGAUCAAGUGUUUCUUUUUGUUGGCGCAGGCAGCGCUGCCAUUGGCAUUGCGAACCUUUUGUGCAAAGAGCUGAUAUCGCGAGGAGUCAGCAAAGAGGAGGCCCCCAAAAAUAUCUACGUUCUUGAGCAACAUGGUCUCCUCACCACUGAAUCGCAGGGUCUGAAUGAAGAGACAUGUCGCUAUGCAAAGCAAAUGGAGCCAAUAAAAGAUCUAGCGAUGGCUGUGGAAAAACUAAAGCCUGCCAUACUCUUAGCAGCCACUGGCACAAGAGGACUGAUCAAUGAACAAGUGCUGCGUCUGAUGGCAGAAUACAAUGAACGCCCUGUAAUCUUUGCCCUCUCCAAUCCCACAUCCAAUGCCGAGUGCACAGCUGAGCAGGCUUUUGAACACACUGAGGGUCGCGUUAUCUUCAGCUCUGGAUCACCGUUCCCCCCAGUUGUUAUCAAUGGUAAACGCCACAUAACUGGCCAGGCUAACAACUGUCUUGUCUUUCCCGGUAUAGCUCUUGGUGCUCUGAGUAUGCGAGCUCGUCAUCUGCCCCAUCAGGUAUUCCUGAAUGUGGCUCGAGUUGUGGCCAACUAUACAUCAGAUGAAGAUUUAGACUCUGGCAAUUUGUAUCCCCCAAUUCGUGAAGUCAAUGACUUAUCCUUUCAAGUUGCAUUGAAUGUGGCCAAAUUCUUAGAAGAAAAUGAUCUAUCCAAUUUACAUCCUAAGCCCAAAGAUCUUUGUACAUUUUUGCACAGCUAUUUGUAUCGCUUGACCUAUGGACCUUCUUUACCCGAAACCUGGGAGUAUCCAGAUUUGGAGAACUCGGCAGAAAAAUGCUAAACGGUCUGAUUUAAAUUUGCAGUGUAACUGACUUUGCUAAUCAAAUAAAGCUCAAUCAAAUAUG